AUGGGUGGGCAGGGAGGGAUUGACAUGGCAGGGAGGGGUGUGGAGGAGGAGGGGGAGAGUGCGGUGAGAGGGAGGAGCAAUUGGAUGGAGGAGACGGGGAAGAGCCGGGGGCAGAUGGAGGCGAGAGGCGUGACGUGUCUGUACGUGAAGCGCAGUAUCCGGCAGUUUGAAGAGAUCAGCUACGAUGGCACCGUUAUUGUGCGGCGCGAGUGUGAGUAUGGGGCUGCAAGGAGCGAUGAUUCUUCGGCUCCCGUCCCACUUUCCCAUCCGCCCUCCCUUUCCCCACUCCCCUCCCAUUCCCCAUUCCCCUCCCUUUCCCCACUCCCCUCCCAUUCCCCACUCCCCUCCCAUUCCCCAUUCCCCUCCCUUUCCCCAUUCCUCUCCUUUUCCCCACCCCCCUCCCUUUCCCCACCCCCCUCCCUUUCCCCCAACCGUCUCCCAGGUGUAUGGGGACGUGAGGCCUGGGGCAGUGGUAGGCAGGACGUGGUGCGAGCAGCAGGGGACGUCAUAGUUCUCGGGCGGCUUGCAGAGAGGGAUUGGCAGAGAGGGAUUGGCAGAGAGGGAUUGGCAGAGAGGGAUUGGCAGAGAGGGAUUGGCAGAGAGGGAGGGAUUGGCAGGACAGGUGCAGGGGACGUGUAUGGGGAUGUGUAUGGAGACGUGAGUCCAGGGGCAGUGGUGAGAGCAGCAGGGGACGUCAUAGUUCUGGGGCGGCUGGCAGGCAAGGUGCAUGCGGGGAACGGUGGAAACCGGCGCAGUGUGGUGGUGGCGCUGUGCAUGGAGCCCAGUGUGGUGGCCAUUGCCACUGAAGUGGUGUCUGGCGCACAGGGGAAGGCGGCAGGGCAUCCCGAAGUCGCUUCCAUAGAUUCAUCCGGGCAUAUAUGCAUAGAGCCCGCCGGCCCCAACAGGCAGGUGCAGGUGAACGGCAAGGGGAGGGCGGAUCCGGUGAUGGCACACCUGGCCAGCACGCACCUGAUGGACGUCUCUUGGAAUGUGGAGCCUCCCCCAGCCGCCGCUGCUGCAGCGAGGAAGAAGCUCUCUCGGACGGCUGUGGCCUCGCUGGUCACGGGGGCGUACAUCUGUGUGGCUGGCGCCAUGGCUCUCGCGUUUCCCACCUUCACGUUUGUUUCUGUGCUCUCGUGGCAUCCGGGGCAGUUCCAGCCAUGGUUUUGCUUGUAA